AAAACCCAGAGCCGCAAGCUGCGAAGCAGUCUCCCGUAACAAAAAGAAAAACAAAACCAGUCUCUUCCCCGCUUUUGAUUCUGAAGGUCAUGGCCUCACAACCGCCGGAAGUGGAUGCUCUCGCGUCCAGGAAGGCCAUGGCGGACUUCCUCAUACGCCACUACUCCUCGCAACUUCGCUCCCUCGUCCGUUCCCCUAAUCCUCGCCUUCAUUACCCUCUCUAUGUCGAGUUUGCGGAGCUGUUGAACGAAAAUCCUUCUCUCGCUCUUCUUGUUUUCUCUGAACCCGCAAAAUAUUUGCCGCUCUUCGAUGAAGCGGCCGUAUGGGCUCAGAAAAUCGUUUUUGAGCACUUUCGAAAUUGCGAGAACGCUAGUUUAAAGGAGCACGCCCACGUUAGGAUCGACAUCAGUGGUUCCCCGCUGGAAUGCCCCGAGACUUUUCCAAGCAUUGGGGGUAUAAGAGUGAAGCAUCGCGGGAUUCUUCUCACUCUGAAAGGGACUGUAAUCCGAUCUGGGGCAAUCAAGAUGAUCGAAGGGGAGAGAGAAUACGAAUGCCGGAAAUGCAAGGGCAGGUUCAAGGUUUGUUCUGAGGUGGAAAAUAGAAAUGCCAUACUGCCUCCAUCAUCUUGCCAUGCCCAGAAGUCCAAAUUCUGUGAAGGCACAACUUUCAAGGUUCUAGAAAACACGGCAAUGUGCCAUGAUUAUCAGGAAAUCAAGAUUCAAGAAAGUACGCAAGUGUUAGGUGUUGGGGCUAUUCCUCGUUCAAUUCCUAUUAUUAUGAAGAAUGAUCUUGUUGAUAUUGUGAAAGCUGGAGAUGAUAUAAUUGUUACUGGGAUAUUGACUGCAAAAUGGGGUUCAGAUUUAAAGGAGGUGCGCUGUGACCUUGAUCCUGUAUUAGUUGCUAAUCAUGUGAGGCGAACUAAUGAGCUAAAGUCAGACAUAGAUCUUCCAGAUGAUGUUAUUAUGAAAUUCAAGCUGUUCUGGUCAGAAUUCCAAGAUAAUCCAUUAAAAGGGAGAAAUGCCAUUCUGCGAGGUAUUUGCCCACAAGUUUUUGGACUCUUCACUGUUAAGCUUGCAGUUGCACUAACACUUAUUGGAGGUGUGCAACAUGUUGAUGCUUCUGGAACAAAGGUUCGAGGAGAAUCUCAUUUGCUUCUUGUUGGUGAUCCUGGUACUGGAAAAUCCCAGUUCUUGAAAUUUGCUGCUAAAUUGUGCAACAGAUCUGUUAUUACAACUGGGCUUGGAAGCACUAGUGCUGGUUUGACUGUUACAGCUGUCAAGGAUGGAGGAGAAUGGAUGUUGGAAGCUGGGGCGCUUGUUUUGGCAGAUGGUGGACUUUGUUGUAUAGAUGAAUUUGAUAGCAUGAGGGAGCAUGACAGGGCAACCAUACAUGAAGCAAUGGAACAACAGACCAUAAGUGUUGCUAAGGCUGGUCUUGUAACAACUCUGAGUACUAGAACAAUUGUCUUUGGUGCAACAAACCCAAAAGGACAUUACGAUCCUGGUCAAUCUCUUUCUAUCAACACAACUCUCUCCGGACCCUUGUUGAGUAGAUUUGACAUAGUCCUUGUCCUUUUGGAUACAAAGAAUCCAGAAUGGGAUGAAGUGGUUUCUUCCCACAUUCUUUCUGAGGUGAUGUGCUAUCAAGAUAAAUUUGAAUGUUUCCUUUUAAGUCCUAAGUAUGAAUGUUCUGAAUUUUUUUAUCAGCAGGAAGUACCAAAGAAAGGCACGCAUGAUGAAGAUCUCAAAAAUGGUUGGCCAUUGCCCAUGCUUAGGAGGUACAUUCACUUUGUAAAGGGACACUUCAAACCAGUACUCACGAAGGAUGCUGAAAAAGUAAUUUCAAGUUAUUAUCAACUCCAAAGAAGGUCCGCAGUUGAGAAUGCAGCAAGAACAACUGUGCGUAUGCUGGAAAGUUUGAUACGACUAGCUCAAGCACAUGCAAGACUGAUGUUCAGAAAUGAGGUCACUCAAUUAGAUGCCGUUACUGCCAUUUUAUGCAUAGAAUCAUCCAUGACUAUCUCAGCCAUAGUGGACAGUGCGGGGAAUGCCCUCCAUUCCAAUUUCACUGAAAACCCUGAUCAAGAAUAUGCAAAGCAAGAAAAGCUGAUCCUUGAAAAGCUGAGAUCGAUUGACGAAUUCCCUUGCAUAGACAAUGCAGAAGGAUGAUUAAAGCAUUGAGAUUAGGGCUGCUCUAACUAUGGCAAUUUUUUGCGCACCAGAAGACCACAAUUUUGUUUCCUGAAAACUUUACGAGUUAUAGAGAUGAGUUCUGGAAAAGUUGCUCGGAGCUCUGUUGAGGUAAGCUUAUAGUUGGUUUUGUGGCAAUGAUACGGAUUUGAAAGAUGUAUGUUUGUAAUUCUGCUCACCUUUUGAUGAUUCCCCUAUAUGGCAAUGCUCCUUGAGAAAUAUAUUACAUUUGUUUCCUCACGUUAAGCUUGGAAGAAAAAUGAGAAUUAAGUAGGUGACGAAUGCAAAAACAGUCCAUUGUGACAUCGUUCUACUUAGUUUGAUUUUGUAGAAAUGCAUUUUUUUUUUAUUAUUAUUUUCUGAAAUUUGAGCUUAAAAGUUGUGCAACUUUAUUGUAAUUUGAUGAAGUGAGUAGAGACUCGCAUUGUAUAUGAUUUACAUAUAAAUUUUGUUUU